AACAUGUAACUGGUGAUCUUCGGCAAACUUUAGUUGGAGGAAGCCGGUAUAAACAUUUGUGUUCAAAGACCAGCUGAGACAAAUUUAUCACUGAUGGCUGUUCCUCCAGGAAAGACACCUAUUAGUUAUUUGCAAGAGUACUGCACCAAGAGGGGGCUAACUCCACAGUAUGACCUUAUUGCCAAUGAAGGAGCUGUUCAUGAGCCUACUUUUCUCAUGAGGGUGACUGUGGGUGAUGUGGUCGCAACUGGCAAAGGCUCAAGCAAGAAAAAAGCUAAGCAUUGUGCUGCACAGUCAGCUCUGAACCAGCUCAUUGGGGUACAGAAUGGACAGAACUCUGAAGAGAAUGGGGUUGAUGCUGGUAAUGGAGAUGAAGGUGUGGGCAAUCCUAUUGGAGAGCUACAGGAGUUUACGCAGAAGAAACUCAUGAAACCACCAAUUUAUGAAUUCAGCAAUGAGCAGGGACCACCGCAUGCUCGUGAAUUUGUCUGUACCAUCAAGCUGGGAAAAUACGUAGAGAAAGGGACUGGACGGUCCAAAAAAGCUGCCAAAAGAACAGCUGCUGCACAAAUGCUUCAGCACAUAAAGAGUUUAUCACCCUCUGGAGAGAAACCUCAAAAGGUUGAAGAAUCAGAUGAGGAUGAAGAAAUUUCUUUGGGCUUUGAGACAAAAGGAUCUUACACUGCCCUGAAGGAAAAGGGAAAACCCCAAGUUUCCUCUACUCCCCAGUACUCUAAGGAUCUGCAGGUAUUCUAUGAAAAGGUAAUGAAAGCAUCUGGCAAGCAGCUGAAGUCAGUAGGGGCACCAGCACCCUCAUCCAACUUUUGUCAGAUGUUGCAAGAAAUUGCAGAGGUGCAGCGCUUUGAAGUAUCCUGCUUUGAUAUCCCAGAGUGUACCACAACAGGCAUGUACCAGUGUCUGAUUCAGUUAACCACCAGCCCAGUGGCAGUGUGCCAUGGAUCAGGAGUUACAAAGGAUGACUCACAUGCCAAUGCUGCACAUAGUGCAUUGCAGUACCUUCGAAUCAUGACCAAGUCCUAACCAUGGUGCCCAGGAAAUCCCAUAGCCUCAUGUUGGUCAAAUAGAUUUGUGCAAGCUGCUGUGGACUAAAUUCUGCAGGAUACAUUUUGAAGUUAAGCAUCCUUUGUCACUCAAGUGUGAUAACAACUAUGCCUUGAGGAUCAAACAUCCCUUGCGGCUUGUGGCAAGCUUUUCUGUUACAGGACUUUGUGUUUGUCAUUAGUCCUGCAAAACAUUCUCACACUGAAACUUGUUGCAAGAUGUGUGGGCAGCAAAGAGCAGACCUGUAGCAGAUGUUGCAAUACUCCUUAAUCAUAAUGCUGAAAACUUGGCAUUGCUUGCUUCUUCCUACAUUCAUCUAAAUGUGUGAUCAUGUUUUUUCUAUGCCAAGGACAUUUGAAAUGUACAGUGCUACAGCAUGCUUUGCUACACUGCCCUAUUUGAUGUAUGUGAGGUUAUGUAAUGUCCUGGGGAUGUCUGUAUAGAUGUUUUUAUAUUAAGUGUUAUAAAUGUUUUAUGUGAAGAAAUAUUGAUGCAUGUUUUAAUGCUACCUUCAUCUUGAUGUCUGUGACUUUUUUUCACCACAUUGGGAUGCUUAUUAUUGUCUACAGUUUGCACCAAGGUUUGUAGAAACACGGAAAUCAGAACAGUGACAUAACAUAUCUGCAAAGCUGUUUUAAGCUUUAGUUUGGUGCAAGCUGUUAGCAGUUAAUAGCAGUCCUUAGAAUGCAGGGUUAAUGCAAGGCUGAAAGAUUUACACAGCAUUUCAACCAAAACAGAUUUCAACUUGCUAAAUUUCUUGUGAAGGAACUGUUCAAGCCCCUUCAGUCGCAUCUCAGCAGUUUGUUAGAUGUUUUAACAAAGCUUAGGAUGGUGUCCAACAGCUUAAAACACAUUCCUUUGCUUGACAAUGGAUCAUAAGCGGGGUCCAGCAUCGACAUAUGAUCAGCUGACCAGUUGAAUUUGAAUUUAUUUUUUAAAACUGAUCAUUUACUGUUCCAUGAAUUAUUUAACACAAAGAAACAUUGGGUCCCCACUCUAUUUAGAAGGUAAUCUGAAAUAAAAUUUCUCAUAAGCAUUUAAAUAAAAUCAAGAGUGAGAGUGACUUCAGGGAUUUUGUUGAAUACAAAAAAGUUUACUCGUGCAUUUUUAAACACAAAUAAUUUUACUAGUGAUGAUAGGUUCUUUGUAGAUAUUGUAUGUGUGAAUGCAAGCUGAAAGUGUUUCAUUCAGAGUCAGUUUGAAAGAAAACAAACAUUGUAUCUUUUUUUAUGUUUAGCCAACAUUGAGGAAAGAAUAACAGGACAUAUUCAAAAAUUCCAAUAUCAGAGAUUACUCCUUUUUUUGUACCCGUCCAUUUCUUAGUUUGGUAUUUAAAUAUUCUAACAUCUGCCUACUAUACUGAGAAUAAAAUAAAAAUAAAAACCUGUUAAGUUGACAGAUUUAUGCCUGAAGUAUAUUUUGGGGGAGCCAAGACAUGAUAAGACUUGAUCGAAUAAUAUGGUAGCUGAUUUUAAAUGAUUUUUCUUUUGAAGUAGAAAUCUAGAGAAAUUCUCUUUUUUGGCAUUAGAAUGAUUUUUUUGUAUUGCUGAUGCAACACAUGGGGUCAGUAAGCUAUAUCGUCAGGAUAAAAAUCCCUUCUAGCUUAUUUUCUUUUUUUACCAUAAGUUCUUUGCAGAUGUGCAUCAUUCUUGGUGAUAUUUAGGAUCAACAUUAACUGCUUGAAGAGAGAGACUGAAGUGCAAUGUUUUUCAUAAAUGACCCAGAAAAGAAUGGGAAUUCCAGAGCAUUUUUCUUUGUAGCCCUCAUUUUAAUGGAGGUUAAAGUCUUCUAGAACAGAUUCUUUAUCAUCUGUCCCUAUUUUUACUUGUAAGUACUUACUGAGUACUGUAAAGACCUCUUUAGAAGGAGCUCAGUCUCACUCCUGUAAAAUCUUGACAUUUAGCAGGCAUGCUUAGUGAUGGGUCUUAAAUAUUUACAGCUUGUGAGGAGAUUUAUUAAUGUAAAGAUUGGAAAAUGCAGAUAAAAUUUUCCUGCAAAGUUUAGUAUGUGCAAUAGAUAAUUUCAAGUGACCCUCUUGUUAUAUAAACAGGUACUAAUGUAUGUUUCAAUUUUUUGUGAUGUGAUAAAUUUUUCAGAUGUACAGUAAUAAAAGAGGUAGGCAAGAAUACAUUUUCAACACAUUUAUUCCCUUCUUUUACUGCACCUAAUUUACAUAUGACUUCAAAAAUUGUGAAAAUGUACAUUUUAAAAAGAUGGAAAUAUCUUACACUUGCUGGUUAUUACAUGCAAUAUAUAUUUUAUGAGUGUUUAACAUGUAAUUAGUUGUUAAAGACAUUUUUUUUCAACCUUAACAACAACAGCCAAAAAGUAAACUUGCUCCAAAUGUGUAUCAUCCCAACAAGUGUAAAUGAACUUAUUGACCUGGUGAAAUUGAGCAUUAAAAGAAAAAUAAAAGCUUUUUGAAAAAAAAUUGAUCAGGUUUUUAGUUUAGCUGACAAAAAUAUCUUUGAAUUUGUGUAGAAAAUUGAUUGCGACAAACACGGAGUUUGUUCUAGUGAACAAAUUUUUUAUUUUGGUGUCAGGAAUGCUUUAUCUUUUAAUAAAUAGCACUCAGUAGCACUUCCUUUUUGUAAACAGGUAUUGAACUAAAACUUUGACUCGAAGAUGUACUGUUUAGCAUGAACAUUUAUUUCCUUUAGCACACUAAAGCAUCUUCUUGAUCAGCUACUGAAAAAAUCCUUACAGUGCAUCCUUUGUUUACAAUAUAUUGAUGGAACGCAUCCAUAAUACUAUCACUUGGACUACAAAUAGUAUUAAAAGUUGAUAAAAUUGCA